CUGUUUGUGGCAGUCUGCAGAGGGGAAAGCAGGCGGAAGAAGUGGAAGAAGUGCUCUGCUGCUGGACUAAACUCUCUUCACCUCUUCAACCAGGAGUUCUCUAUAGAGCCAACCUGGAUUCUUCAUUCCCUCUCCUGGCUUCUCCAGUGAGCUGCUCUGCUCAAUCUAUGCUGAGAUCUCCUUUUGAUCUCUGCACCUGUUGAAACUCGUCAGCCAGGUGAAGGGGAUUAUAUCUCUCUCAGCCAUAACUUUUUCAGCUGUCGAUCCAGGAGAGCUGUGGAUCUCGUUUAGUUAAAUUGCAGGACAAUUGGACUGCUCUCCCUCGCUCUUCCUCCCUCCCUCACUAUUUUCUUCUCUCUGUGUCCAGCCCUGCCUCAUGCUCUGAGUGAGUCUGUGUCUGGCUGUGGCUUGGAGCUCCAGAAUCUUCCUCACCGUAGAGAAGACAUGGAACACUAGAGUAGAAAACUGAGAGGUAGAAUUCUGGGGUAGAAUUCAGAUAUAGAACACUUUGGUAGAAUUUCUGAGUAGCGUUCUGAGCUGGAACUUUUGGCAAGAUUUUGGGAAAUCAGAGCUGGAAUACUUAAUCGGAACACUGAGCUGGAACUUUUCAGUGGAAUAUUGAGGUAGAAUCCUGAGGCGGGUAGAAUAAGGAGGAUGGGAGGUCAUACUGCAGUGGUGUGUUUGGUUCUGCUGGCCAUAUGCUGUGUGCUACUGCCCAGAGCAGGGGAGAGUGCAGGAGGUAUUGUCUCUUUAGGCCAGGCUAUAGAGGAGAGAGGGAUGGAGGCCCUAUAUGGAGAGGAGUCCCAGAAUGAACCAGCUAAAGAAGAGGAACUCACAGAGACACAAAGCCAAACUAGCAAGGAAAAGAGAGCCACAGAGGAGGAUGCCCUACCAGCCAGGGUCAGGAGAGCCGAAGAGGAGGGCAAAGGUAAUAAAAAGAAGGGCAAGAAAGACAAGAAAGACAAGAAGAACAAGGAGCCCAAAGUGCCCAAGGCCACCAAGAAGCCUAAAGCAGACAAAAAGCCAAAGAAGGGCAAAGGAAAGGAGCCACGGACAGAAGCACCUACAACAACUCCACCACCUACAACUACCACACUACCACCCACAACUACCACACCACCACCUACAACUACCACAGAGGUGUACACAGAAGCAGCUCCCACAGAACCUGACCCAUACCCAGACUACCCCUACACAGACAACGAGGAGGACUACUGGAAGCCAGAUGAGGAGGAGCCCGGAGGCCCAGUGGUCGACCCAGAAGAUGACUACUGGAAGGGAGAGAACCCAACGGCCACGCCCCCCACUCUUGUGGUGGAUGGAAAAGUGGACAAGGGAGACGAGGACUACUGGGACGCCAGAUACGAGAUGCCCGAGAAUCUUCCUUUCCCUGAUGGUACAGAGGUCGUCCCCACAGAGAAAGAUGACUGGAGCUAUGCUGUUACAGAGGAGCUUGUUACACCACCACCCACCUAUGAAAGCCCAUGGUACGAGGAGUAUGACUACGGGCAUAGUGGUGGACAGACGAAAAAACAGGAGGAGAGAGAGAUCCAAAGGAGAGAAAAGGAGAGAGAGGAUAGAGAGAGAGCUCAGCAGAGGAGGGAGGAGGAAGAGAGGGCCAAAGCCAAGAAGAGACCACACGUAUUCAAGGAGCCCAAAAAGUGUCCUCCCCUGGGUAUGGAGUCUCAUAGGAUAGAAUCAGACCAGCUGCUGGCCUCCUCCAUGUCUCACUACCGCUACAGCCAAGCCAGGGCACGACUCAACAUACAGGCUUCGGAUGAUGAGGAGGACAUGCAUGGUGGGGCGUGGUGUCCUAACCCAGAGGACAAUAUUCACUGGUUUGAGAUGGACGCUCGCAGAUCAACAGAGUUUACUGGGAUCAUAACACAGGGACGAGACUCACGCAACGAGAGUGACUUUGUGACAUCGUACUACGUGCAAUUCAGUAAUGACAGCAGAGAAUGGAAAACCAUCCAUGACGGUUACUCUGACUGGUUGUUUUUUGGUAACUCCGAUAAGGAUACCCCUGUGCUGAAUCAGUUAGCUGAGCCCAUACUAGCACGCUACAUCAGAGUUAUCCCUCAGAGCUGGAAUGGUAGUUGCUGUAUGAGGCUGGAGGUACUAGGCUGCCCACUGCCUGACCCCACCAGUGCCUAUCAGAGGCUGCAGAAUGAGGUGACUCCAGUCCAGUACCUGGACUUCAGACAUCACAACUACUCAGACAUGGUCACGAUGAUGAAGUCCGUGUCUGAGGAGUGUCCCAACAUCACCAGUAUGUACAGCCUGGGUCGCAGCUCCAACGGACUGGACAUCCUGGCCAUGGUGAUAUCAGGCAACCCCACAGAACACGAGAUAGGUGAGCCGGAGUUCCGCUACACGGCCGGUCUCCAUGGAAACGAGGCGACGGGGCGGGAGAUGGUUCUUCUUCUGUUGCAGUACCUGUGUAAGGAGUACAAUGAUGGCAACCCCAGAGUGCGCCGCCUGGUGGAGGGAAUACGUAUCCACCUGGUGCCCUCACUCAACCCAGAUGGGCAGGAGAAAGCCCUGACAGUGGGUUCCGAGCUGAGUGGUUGGACAACAGGCCACUGGACGGAGGACGGCUAUGACAUCUUCCAGAACUUCCCAGACCUGAACAGUGUUUUGUGGGAGGCCGAGGACAAGGGCAUGGUGCCCAAACUGAUCCCCAAUCACCAUGUCAAGAUCCCUGCAGAUCAAGAGGGGGAUGACAGGAUUGCUGUGGAGACUCGAGCCAUCAUCUUGUGGAUGGAGAGCCACCCAUUCGUACUGGGGGCCAACUUCCAGGGGGGGGAGAGGUUCGUGGCGUACCCAUACGACAAUCACCACCUAACCAAGACCGCCGGCACCAGCACCAGAGAGGGCAAGAGAGAGAGGGCACAGAGUCGCAAGAAGAGACAGUACGAGGAGUUUGACGUGACGGAGUGGGGGAGGGACUACGACCGCGAGGAGCCGGAGGAAGACGAUAGAAACAGGGGAUACCAGCAGCCAGAAGAAGACCAGUGGAACAGGGGAUACCAGGAGCCAGAAGAGGACCAGUGGAACAGGGGAUACCAGCAGCCAGAAGAAGACCAGUGGAACAGGGGAUACCAGCAGCCAGAAGAAGACCAGUGGAACAGGGGAUACCAGCAGCCAGAAGAAGACCAGUGGAACAGGGGAUACCAGCAGCCAGAAGAAGACCAGUGGAACAGGGGAUACCAGCAGCGAGAAGAAGAUCAGUAUAACAGAGGAUACCAUCAGCCGGAGGAGGAGUGGAGGGGACAUGGCUAUGGCCACAGGGAAGAGGAGGAUGACAGAGGGAGAGGGGAGGAUGACAGAGGGAGAGGGGAGGAUGACAGUGGGAGAGGGUGGUACUCAGAGCCUGAGGAUGAACCCAGGGCCACAGCAGACGCCUCAUUUUUCAGGUGGUUGGCCAUCUCUUAUGCCUCUACUCACCUGUCGAUGACAUACACUUCCCAAGGCUCCUGUCACGGCAAUGACAUCACUGGAGGCGUUGGAAUCGUCAAUCGCGCCAAGUGGCAGCCCGUCACAGGAAGUAUGAAUGACUUCAGCUACCUGCACACUAACUGUCUGGAGCUGUCAGUGUUCCUUGGCUGUGAUAAGUUCCCCCAUCAGAGUGAGCUGGUCAUUGAGUGGGAGAAGAACAGAGAGGCCAUGCUCACCUUCAUGGAGCAGGUGCAGCGUGGGAUCAGGGGCGUAGUAAAAGACAAUGAGGGGAACCCCAUCGCUAAUGCUACAGUUUCUGUAGAGGGGGUCAACCAUGAUGUCUCUACAGCUGUAACAGGGGACUACUGGCGCUUGUUGAACCCAGGUGAGUACCGUGUGACGGUGCGGGCAGAAGGCUUCGCCCCCCUGACCAAGCUGUGUGUGGUGGGCUACGAGGCAGGGGCAACUACCUGCAGCUUUAACCUGGCCAAGUCCAACUGGGACCGCAUCAAACAAAUCAUGGCCCUGCACGGCAACAAGCCCAUACGCCUGCUCAGCCACGGCAACGGCGGAACAAGACAGAACACGGUCUCCAAUGGCAACAGGCAUGUGGGGCAUCCCGACAGGGUCUCCGCCAUAGAUCCUAAUGUGCGUCGCAAGCAAAUGCAAAAGCUAGAGCUCGACCGCCGUCGUCGUCUACGGCAACAGAGACUGAUGAGAUCGACAACAACGUUGCCCCCGACGACCACGCCAGUUCCCACGACAAUAGAGGCGGAGCCCACCACUGCUUGGUACGACUCCUGGUUCAUAGGAGAGGGGCAAACGUCGGCACCGGAAAAUUUCACGGACUCCAUCUUGGAUUACAAAUACGAGUACAAGAUCGACGAUUACUAAACUAAACACCAAGGCCUUGCUCAAAUACAGGUAUUUGAACAGGAACAAUGUCAUAGUCCUGAGCCCAGGCUGUUAACUCAAUUCUUAGAGUAGACAACUAAGUGACCCCUUAAAGGGAUAUUUGGCAAUGAUGCCCUGUAUCUACUUCCCCAGAGUCAGAGGAACUCGUAGAUACCAUUUUUAUGUCUCUGUGUCAAGUAUGAAGGAAGUUCGAGUUAGUUUUGCAAGCCAAUGCUAACUAGCAUUAACACAAUGACUAGAAAGAUGCUAGCAGAUACCCAUAGACUUCCAGUCAUUGCGCUAAAGCUAGUUAGCAAUUGCGCUAGCACUAGUUAAGAACUUCCAUCAAACUGCACACAGAUACAUAAAAAUGGUAUCCACGAGUUCAUCUGACUCUGGGGAAGUAGAUAAAUCCCAAAGUAUCCCUUUAAAGAACUGACAGGUUCUUGAAACUCCAAUAACUCUGGAAGCCCCCCAGCCAUCCAUUCUUUCAGAUCAACAAAGGGGCCACAAGAAGUGUUUAGGUAUAUCUGCAAAAACUGAUCCAAGGAACAAUGCAGUGUUGAAUGCAAAAACAGUCAGGCACACAAGCUAAUGCCAGUGGUCUGUAUAAAUGCUCGAGUAGGUAUUUUGAUACAACGUUAACACACACAAAAAUGUCAGUUUCGAGUAGAAAAAUAGAACCACUGAUAUCUGGAAAACACAUUUUAUACCAAUUCAAUUUGAAAGGUUGUUGCAAAGCUUUCCUGGAGAAUGUACUUCAGAGAUCAUGUAGAUCUGGUGGUUGUAGAUUACGCACAUGUUUUACUAUCACCUCCCACCCUUGAAGAGUCAAAACAAAGAAUCAAAGUUUCUAUUUUUCUUAUAAAUUGUGGAUUAAUGUACAUUAUUUUCACACAUUGACAGCAAAGUCAUAAUAUCGACAUACAGUAACUUGACAAAAAUGUUUGUUGAAUAGUAAGAGAGAAAUCAAAAGAGAUUUCCUGAAAUGUUCCUCAUAAUUUAGCUGAGGUAGAGGAAAGACAUUUUUUCAAUUAAUAAAGGCUUGUUUACAUACA